UUCACAAACUUUCCCUUUUGGCAACGAGAUUAAGGCCAGUAUUGGGGCCCAGACUGUCUCGUGUAUGGCGGAUCUACCGGUGUCUGGCCUCACCUGUCUCUGUCUGCAGACACACUUUGACCCUGCGGCCAUUGGUUACGUCAAUCAAACGACAAGUCGUCAGGUGGAUUAAGUUGAAAGUGUUUACGGCUACAGGGAAUAAUAAAUCACGCGAUGACAGACUGACCACCAAAGGGAGACCACUAUGUCGGUCCAACACAGACCUGUGGAGAACUGGAGUCUGGCACCAAGUCCAGAAGUCCGAGCGGCCAAGACGAGAGUCGAGCGAGAACUUUUGAUCAAAGUCAGCCCCAAGUCAGAUGUCAUUGAACUGAACCCGCUGAUUUUAUCCACAAGGCUGGAUAAACCAGUAGCCACAUCCCAGCUGAAAUACUACAGGAUCCAACCUCCCUUUCAGGAGAUCUCCCCAUACCAUGGAAACCCAUGGACUGGUGACCGCUUGGCUCUGCGACAGUUGACAAAUCCCGCAAGGAGAGGUCCAAGGGACAUAAUUCUGCCAAAUCUUGUAAAACAUCCAGUUCAUGUCAAAAUUGAAGAAAUCCCACCAUAUGACACGUCAUACCAAGCAAAACAGACGGCUGCACAAGAACAGUUGACUCACCUGCUGAAGGAGUGGUCAGUGUACAACAGAGUGGCAUUUCCGGUUCCGUCCAGCAGACAGUCCGUGUACAGUGACCUUGACCCCAAGAGACGCGUGUCCAAAGGCUCGCUGCUGAACCUGGCCAAGAGCAGCCUGAGGAGGGCGUCCGGCAUCAGCCUGACGUCCAGCGGCAACAGUUCGGACAAGAGGAAGGCAAGCCACGGCCUGCCCAGGAGCCGUAAGAAACGCAACAGAUGGAAGGCAAUCACUCGCGAGGUGAUCGCACACAACAAAGCCGCCAUGAUGCAACUGCCGGAAGACAUGUCUAAAUCAGAACUUCGCAUCUAUGUGUCGUCUACCCCAGAUUUGCAGGAAGAACGAGAGUUUCUGGAAGAAGUUGCUUACCCCAGGCUGCGGGAGUUGUGCGAGAAGAUGGGACUCAACUGUCACGUGGUUGACAUGCGCAAUGGGGCAGGGAUAUUGACCAAUGAUAUUGAAACAUUUGACCUAAUAGAAAAGGAAUUACGCCACUGCCGUACAUUAUCUAUUGGACCUUGUUUCGUAAGUCUGGUGGGCCACAGUUUAGAUGACCAGACCUUGCCAGGAUUUCUCCACAAGCAAGUUUACGAGGAGAUCCGUGAGACCCUCAUACGUGAGAACAUCAUUGGGGUCGAGGCUUUGGAUGACGUGUACAGACUGGACUCCAACAGGAUCCCGCCCGUCUACACCAAACAGCGUAUCACAUCCCUGGAGGACUAUCAAAGUCCUGAGGAAGUGGAGCAGGUCCUACACGAGGCGCUGGUCAAGGCUGUGGAGAUCAUCAGGAGAGGCAAGUCUAACGAGGACCUACUGCUGGUCGACUUCUACAAGUGGUCAGCCGUGGUGAAAGAACUAGAAGAAGGUUUGUUGACCAACCACAAUCCACGCAGUGACACGCUCUGCUUCAUGAUGGACGCCGACCUGGCCAGGGAGAGCGUGAAGAGGGACGAGGCUCCCAUCCUGCGUCUGAGGCACAACGUGUACCAGCACUACAGGCAGUAUGCCAGCAAGGACAACCUGGUCAGCUUUAAAACUGGCAAGAAGAAUAUGACUUACUUGAGGUCGAUAUCGGAUACCUUUGUCUCGGGCGUGGCGUCACUGUUGAAGUCUCAGAUCAGUCACCGAGACUACGACGUGACCCAGGAGCUGACGGAGGGCUGUGAGAUUCUCCAGCAUGUGAAGAUCGCCCUAAACGUCGCGGAGAUGACUCCGGAGCAACAGUCGCUGGUGGGUGAGGUCAAGGCCGUGAUGGACGACCCCCAAGCCGGCCCCAGGGUAGUCGUGCUGUGGGGUCAGAAUGGGACCGGAAAGACGACAGUGGCGUCCCACAUCGCACGGGCCUGCCAGAGCUGGGAGCCGAGACGGAAAGUUUUCUUCCGAUGUCUGGGGUCAACCUUGCGAUCCUCCAGCUUGGAUAGGGUGUUGGAGAGUUUAAUCAGGCAAAUCAGUUUUUCCUAUGGCUUGAAUAUAGAACUACCAGCCGAUCUACGGGUCCAGGAACUGCUGUCCAUUUUUCUACAGGCCAUCAACACAGCCAGCGCUAAACGCUCUACAGACGGUGACCUACUUAUUGUUCUAGAUCAGCUGGGUAAACUCGACCUUGACCCACAUAUUCUGCUGUCAAUCCUCAACUCUCUGACCCCCGGGGUAACUCUAUUAAUAACCUUGACCACACCAAGUCAUCUGAUUAACGUGCUCAAAUCUAAACCCAACGUUACUUUAUUGUCAAUUCCUUACUGGGUCACCAAGCAGGUCGGCGCCAUCUUGACGCUAUAUUUAGAAGAAGCGAAGCGUGUGCUAACGGUAGACCAGCUUCAGACAGCACUGAGCGCUCUACCAACGGACACGACGCCAUUAUGCGCGAUGACUAUUUUUCACAUUGUCCGCUGGUGGCCUUCUCACACGCUUCCGGUAUUCGGCCCCUUUUCCGGCAACGCCGAAGACGAUUUCGACAUGUUUCUCCAGCUGUUGGAGGCGGAGCUAGGCAAGGCGUUCACGCGCUACGCCCUGUCGUUCCUGGGCUCCGCCCGCCACGGCCUGUCGGACCAAGAGCUACUACAUCUUCUGUCCAAAGACUCGGAGUUGCUGGAUGAGAUCAAGGAAGAGGAAGACGAGUUUGUCAGUGUGGUGGAAGGCUUCCCCUACCAGCUGCAGUUAUCCCGGCUGAUGGCCAGACUUGGCAAGUUUAUCGUUGACGUCAAGCUGGAAGGGGAGACGAUUCACUUAGUUUUAUCCAGAGCACUCAUCAAAGCCAUCUCAUCCCGAUACGUCAAAGACAGCUUCUUCUAUUCUAUUCACCAAAAACUUGCCAACUUUUUCCUGUUUAUUAGGAGAGGUCUUCUUCUUAGUUCUAGAGAUAUUUCAGAACAAAAACACAAGCAUUUGGCCAAGUACCACUGGCGAACACUCAGAUGCGUGCCUUAUCAUUUGUCCCAUAGCUCGCCCAACAAAGCGGAGGUAUGGGAAGUGCUAAAAGAGAAAGUCUUUUUCAACUUUUCUUGGCUUGUCAACGAGAUUUAUUCUGGUUUUUUCAACGAUCUUUUAGACGACAUCCGGUACUCGCUAGAGACGGUCAGUCUAGACUCGGACAUCCUGUACUUCCAGCAGCUCCUGCUGUCCCUGCGUCACACGGUCAUCCACAACCCCAUCUCAUUGGCUGCCGUCUUCUCCAGCCUCAAGGCCGACGACCUGCUCAAUGUGAAGGACUCGGUCAGCAUCGUGAUCCACGAGGCCAGACAGUGGCUCAAGCAGGUCCAUCUCCAGGCCCUGGUGCCCGUGUCCUACACCUCGGACAAAAUCAACAGACUUUUAAUCAAAGAAAACAGCAUCUUCGGUGCCAGUGACGUCCACGUUAUUCCAGGCACGUCAAAACUUCUGGUUUGCAGAAAGUCGACGCUGACCAUUCUCAACUCGGUGACUAAAGAGGAGGUUGUGUUGGCCGCCAUGACAGAUGACGUAGACUACGUUCACGUGGUUUCUGAAGAGAGCGUCGUUGUUCUAUCCUCAAGCGAUUCAUCAUCCAAGCUAGACAUCUUAAACCUCCAGACCGGAACAGUAACUAAAAGCAUUCCUCUAGGCAAGUCUUCUCUGUCCUGGUUCUACAUCAAUUCUCCCAGGUUCGCUUACUUCGCCAGCGAGAUGGGGGUCAAGUGCGUCGACCUUGAUGUGGGUGCCGUCAACACCAUCCUCCCCACCAGGCCGACCUGGCUAGCGGCGACUGUAUCAGAGAGUAAACCUGACAAGAUUAUCAUUGCUGUAGUCGAGGACAACAAACUCAAAAUCGAAUCCAUUCUAGUGAAGGAUAUCAUGACGCGCAAGUCCGUGUAUAUAAAGAACGAGUCCCCUAAUCGCCACACCAAACCUUUACUCUCCACAAAAGACGGUAAAUUUAUAAUUUACCUCUCCGAAAAACAGGCGACAGUGGUGGACUGUUCGACUUACAAGGUCUCUGACACGUUCUCAUUGCGCGCGCUGCCAAUCAUCAGAGCCGAGCUCUCGAGGAGCCACGAGCACGUGUUUAUGUCCCACGUGUCCGGGGAAAUCACGUGCCACGUGCUUUACUCAGGGAACCAGGUCAUGUCGACCAGGAUCACGCCAAAGCCCCAGCCCCAGUUGCUGGUGGAGGCGAGGAGACGCGAGAGGACGUCGUCUAGAAACUCCAGCUCCCGGCAAGUGGACGCACCAGCGGAGACCAUCACCACCAUGGUGACGUCAGAGGACGACCAUUUCCUGCUGUGCGGGACCACGACGGGUCACGUGUACGUCAUCCACGUGCCAACCGGGGUGCAGCUGGUGUCCAUCACGACCAACCACGUGCAGGUCAGGAAGGUCACAUUUCUGACCAAUAGCAGCCACUUCCAACACGUCAUCACCACCGACGUCACAGGCGUAUCGAGACACUGGAAUCUAAGACCGUUAUUUAAACAGGCCCGACAGAUCCUCCACCCCUGCAUACAAGACGAGGACCUGAGGAGGGAGGAGGAGAGGAAGCUCGAGCUCAACUCUUACUUCUCUAUCUACGAGGAUAAGAAGUCCAACCGGAUCUUUCUUAACGGACCGGACAUUGCAUCAUUUUACAAAACACCUCCGGACAGCUUGUUCGAUGACCUUGACAACCUUGACCCCUCGUUCGGAAUACAAAAUGAUUGGGAGGUCACAGGGUUCCUGGCAGACGUUAGCGACCAUUUAAUCGCCUUGACCUGUGGGAAAGAUCUGGGUGACGUCAUCCUGACCGUAUCCGAGGACUUCCGGUUGGCGAGGUGGAGUCUGCAUGAUGGGACUUUGGUGUGGAGCCGGAAGUUGUCGUGCCAAGGGGGAGAAGUGCUGGACCUGACGUCACUCUACUACGACCAGGCCGUUCUUGUGGUGGAGAAAUCUAGGGCGGGGAAAGGGCUGGGCGUGUCGGUGAUCUACACGGGAGAGGGUCAGAACAAAAUGUUGUCACGUGACCAGGUGACCAGCUACUGGACUUCUAAAGAUAAAACGUGUGUUGCCUUACUCUGUGAGGAGCGGUCUAGCCAUGCAGAUACUGAGCCCAAGUUCUACCACUGGGACCUGAUCAAGGUGCGUGAAGACGUCCACGGUCUGUUGGUUACACCCGCGUCUUACAACCAACCAGAUAAGACGACCAUCUUCAAGAUGUCGCCAAGCCUCACCCAAAUCGUCUGCUUCUCCUUACCUACAGCCCAGGGAGCCCCGUUGUUGGCUUUGUUUAACUCCAGGUCUGAUCUCUCUAUUGAAGGGAAUCGUCAAGGGCGACAAUGGAGGGAUGAUAACUCGAUCAAGGGAGAUAAUUCUAAAAAUAACAGUUUCGUGCUGGGAUUGGAAGAUGAUGUAAUCAAAGGAAAUAAUUCUAAAAAUAACAGUUUUGUGUCAGCCAAUGAAACGGUAGAAACAAAAACAAUCACCGGUAUGCAAUGGACUCGGGUGAUCUCCAGAAACGAAACAAAUCAAGACGACGGGCAGACCAAGAAAGUGAGUGUUCAUUCUAGGUCUAGCGGAGACGAAAUCAAAAGCGAGUUUCAAGCAGUCAAAGAGGAGGACGAACAUCUUUUGAAAAUGCAGGAGGUCACAUCAACAGAGAUAACAUUGCCGCUACAAGUUACGUCUUUCUGUUACAUAGGGGAGGAGAGCGUCCUGCUAGGGACGUCUAGCAGACAUUUGCUGCUAAUUGACCUGCCCACCUUUAAGCCAAUCUGCAUCCUUGGCAAAAAUGGCCCGCGAUUUGUCUCAGAUAGUCAGCUGACGUCCGCCAUUUUGAAAGACUGCGUCACGGCUCAUAACUAUCCCAUCAGUGACGUCAUGGCGUCUGAAGAUGGCAACACUCUAGUCAGCUCAGACCGGAAAUCGCUGUCUGUGUGGAAUGCUAAAAAUAGAACACUGUCUAUGACCGUUUGGCUUAACAUGGAUGAAGAGAUCUCAUUUAUGGUGAUAUCCAAAGAUGCUGCCAUCAUCACAAUGGUCAUUAACGAGCGAAUAAUUCGAGUCUGGACACCCAUAGAGAAAAGAGAACUGGCCAGUCACAUGACCACUUUUGACGUCACAGAACUUCACGUGGCCAGCGACUGCAGGAAGGUGAUCGUACGAGGCCGCAGCCCGGAGUGUAAGCCUGUCCUGGAGAUUUUUGACAUCCGGAACAUCGACGACGUCCUCUUGCAGAUGGCGGGAAGAAAAAUCUCGCAGCAACAGGAGAUUGGAGAGAACUUGGCCAGCGAGAGGGUCAAGAAGACAAGUCGGGUCAUGCACACGAGAAAAACUUCAGCUUUACAGACGGAUGGGAAGUGAACAAAAUAAUAGGUGUAAUUAAAGACACAUUUUUUUUUGUAGGGGGGAGGGGGGGGGGGCGUUCUAAAAGAAAAUUUCAAUCCUACAGACUAAAAGUGAAAACUACCUUCACUUAAAAAAAUAAAUAAAAGUAAAGUACUUCUUUAUAGGGAUGGUGUGGUCAGCACUAAGCCCAGCUGGCUUUACUUUCCCUAACAUGAGUCAGGUACCUAUUAGAGCUGGGUGGACUCAGGGACGUCAUACGAAUUCAAACCCCGGAAUCCAAACUCGAGACUUUCGGGUCAGUAGUCAAAUGCUCUACCAACCGCCCACACCAUCACUUAUUUACACUUACACUUACGAAUAAUUAACUAUUGUAGAGAGAGAUGGUAAAAAAUUACUAGUAAAAAUAUCACACUAGGAAUGUGACCACUUUAGAGACAGAAGGAAAACUGCUUGUCUAAGCAUACAGACCUGCACGAUUAUUUAAGCAUAUUGGUAUAUCUGAUAUCAGUUUAUACAUAUAAAAUAUAUUCUCUUAAAGUUGAGUUACAUAAAAUAGUUUUUAAAAUAUGAAACCUUUAACUUAGAACUAUUUUUUUCAUUCAUUAAAAUUUUUUUGGUUGUAACAAUAUAUAACUCCAUUUUAACAAUAUGACUUUAUAAAGUAUCCCAUGAUGCCAAAACUGUAUUAAAAUACGUUAGUUAGAAACAAGUUAAAGGAACAUUUUUUAUUUUAUUUGAAUAUAUUCUUUGUCAUGAUUAUGAAUGCAUUUUAGUCCUUAAGGUAAUAGAUUUUUUUAUUACAGUAUGUUAAUCAAUAAAAUAAACACAAUUUUUAGGGGCUAUAUAAAGCUUUGUUCUUUAAUAAAUUAAGUC